UUAUACGUUUGUUGGGAAUGACUUGGAAAGAUGUUCUUCCAAUGAGCUUUCUCCCUAUGGGUUGUUCCUCUGUAUCUAGAGUUAACUAGUUGUAUGGGAAGUUCUUAUUACAAGGCUGAAUGAUUAUAGUUUGUGUUGCAUAUAGUUCUGUGUCUUGAGAUAACUGGGUCAAAUGAGUGUUAGAAUGACUUCAAAACAAGGUCUUUUUGUUUAAAGCUUUCAAUUGGAUCAUGCUUUAGUUUUUUUUUUUUUUGUCUUUUUUGAGGUAUCAUUACAGAGAGUGACUUCUUUUGAGUGUUCUUGAAAAGUCUUAAUAUAUUGUUUCUCUUUUUUCAGUUGCUCUAUUUUGUCCACUAUGUUUUUCCCAAUAGUAGCUUUAUAUAUUACUUACUGCAAGGAUCAACCAUCUUGUUCUUACUUGCAUAAAGGUGGCUGAUUUCUAUCUUUGGAAUUACCCUGAACUUUCGGGUGUAAGUAAUUGUAUCUAAUUGUGUAUAACUUUUUCUGUUAGCUUAGUUUGAGUACUUUGCACAAUGGAGUUUUGUUCUUAUGACAUUGAGAUUAGAUACAGCUACUGGUCUAGCCAUCAGCAAUAUGAAUAUUGCUAUCAUCAUCCAAAGAAGUAACAAAAUACAACGGCAGAAAGGAUGUAAGGUACACAUGAAUCAUGCAUUAGAAUGUGUUGUGUUUCAUUUGUCCCUUAUCUAUAUCUUGGUGUUCUUAGGUGGAAUAGAUUUACGAUGCUAGAACAAUAAUUUGUUUAGCUGCUCAAGCUUUUACUAACCUGUUGGAAGAAAGUGAGUAGCCUUUGAUUCUUUAUUAUUAGGAAUGUAUUUAGACCUGCCAACUCAACAUGAAUGAGCUGGCCAAUGUGAUCCCAACUCUGCCUCCAUAGGUAAGACUACUCUUCCCCUAGUUCUGUUCGUCCAAAACUUUGUCGUCAUUGACAUAACAUGAGUGCCACUUUAGUUGUUAGUGCUGCAUUCUUAGUGUUUGUCGUCAUUGGCAUAACAUGAGUGCCACUUUAGUUGUUAGUGCUGCAUUCUUAGUGUCGUUGGGUCUGAGCAUAUGCCCUGCCUCAAGAAGUUUUGGAACUAUUUAGCUUCAUCCUUAGUAAUCACAUUUAGUAGAUGAAGCUGAAAUAUGUACUGAUUUAAUCAGUCAUGAUAGAUAAAAGAGUAUAACUAUUGAAUCUCGGAUUUUGAUGAUGAAAUCAAUUGAUGAAGUUAUGAUCUAAUCAGCGUUUGAGUGACGUAGGACUAACUUCGAUCAUGGAAAGACAAAUCGAUUGAAGAAGGAGAAUCAGACGUUGGGCCGGAGAGCAUCAUAUCAGAAGAUUGGUUGACGUGCUGGCAGAAGGACUUCGUGCCAUGAGUUCGGGCAUCGGGCCAGAAGGAUCAGACAUUGCGCCAAGAAGAUUGGAUGUUGCGGGAGGUCAACAUGUCGAUCGGAUGUUACGGGAGGUCAACAUGCCGAUCGGGUAAUACGUCGAAGGAGAGGACGAUACGUCGAAGGUUCGGACAAAGUGCCGGAUGAACCAACGACAUGUCGGAUAACAUAGUAUUCUUGUCUUGUAAUCGGUUGUUCUUAAUUGAAGUAGUUUAGGUUGUAAUUGAGUUGGUUUUGGGUGUAACCAUGCCAACUCAGUUAGGGGCCCAUCGGGCCUAAGUCAGGGUUGAUUUGGGCCCAUUGGAAGGCCCAUUCAGUGACCCAUAGUUGGAUCAUGCGGUGGAACCGCCUAUGAGUUGGAACAUACGAAGUGUACGUUUUCUAGAAGACUCGGCGAUGGUAUCGCUAGUGUCAAGCGGUGGUAUCGCCCAGACUAGUAGUGGUACCACCCAGACACAGUCUCCCAGAUUGUGUCAGGCGGUGGUACCGCCAGCAGUUAAUGCUGCGGGCAGUGAUAUCGCCCAGCACUGGCGAUGGUAUCGCCAAGACCUUGGAAACCCGAGAUGAGAUUUUUUUUUGCUCUAUUUUUAAAGUCAUUUUGGGUCUAUAAAUACCUCACUAAUUCCUGCUUGGAAGAGCAAGAAAAAGAGUGGAAAGGGGAAAGAGUCCUUGAGGAAAAAAUGUUCUAAUCUUUUUUAAAGUUUAGAGUCUCUUCCUCCUAGAGUUAGAAGUUUUCUAAGGGAGGAGUGAGGUCUUGUGUAAAAGAGAGGUGUGAAGGUUCUCUCCUAAGCCUGAGAAAAGGAGAAAGAGUUAUAAAGAGGGUAGUUGAUCUUUGUCCGUUGAAAAGAAAAUCGGUAGCGAAAGCCGGUGGCCUCGAGUGAAGAGGAAUCGGGAGUGGACAUAGAUCGGGACGAUCGAACCAUUAUAAAUCGGUUUGCAUUUUCUUUAUGCUUUUCAUUCCUAUUACAAAUUGAUUUACUUGUUCACUACUCUUACAAACAUUUUUAAGUUAAAACGUAUUUUCGAUACGGGUUUGAUCGCCCCCUCCCCCCUCUUAGUACCGUUUACGGUCCUAACAAUAACAACAAAGAACCUGACCCGUUGUUGUUGUGGAGAUUUCAUUAGGCAUCCACAUUCUAAAUCAAUAACAGUUGACAUUUCGGUCUGUUUGGAGCCUUUUAGUCACCGCUGGAAAUAUACUUCCCACCAUAAGGAAAUUUCAGCUCAUUAUGUUAUCAUUUGUUCCAUUGCACAUGUAAGAUUAUUCCAUAAUCAAUAGAUAUGAUGGACUCGAGACACAGACCCUGGAGGAGAUACUAAGUAGCUAAAAUUUUGUAGCUAGGUGAUGGUGAUGCAUUGUGGUAAAACGUGAUAACUAAAUGAUAUUAUAUGCUUAAUUGAGUGGACCAGAGAUGCUAUUUUUCUUGAUCCAAAGAGGCAAACAGUCCACAUCGACUUAUCACAAGCCAGAUAGUAUAUUCUCCUAGAAUGAGCUAUGAACGAGCUAAUUGAACUUUCUAAAAUUUGCUAUUGAAAUCAUCAUUGGUGGCAGAUGGCCAAAUCAAGUGCUUUAAAAAUCAUUCCUUCUAGCAUAUUCAUCUAGUCUGCAUUGACCAGCAUGUUAGGAGGUGUUACGUUGUGUGAAAGAGAUGGAAUGUUGGAAGGGAUAAUGAACAGACAAAGGAUGAUGAACAAGAGUGAUGUUGUGAUUUCUGACUGGAGAUGUAAAACUUUCGAGACCUGAUUUCCUUGGUAUCAGCUGAGAGUAAGAGUAAAUCACAAGUCAUCUUACUUGUCAGUUUAAGUAGAUUUACUCUUGCACCAAGUAUUACGACUUGGUGUAGGAGUAAACAGUCCAAAACUGAUUUCCUAGGUAUCCACUGGAAGUCAAAAUACUUGGUGUAAGGGUAAAUCUACUCAUCUAGUUCACUAUAUGACUUCCAGUCCCCCCUUGUCGCAUACCAAAAGAAAUAUAUCAAAGAAUUAGAAGUUGCAUAUUACUUGUCAGUUGCCUCUUUAUGCAUAUUAUUUUUCCUUCCAUGCACUGUAGGGUUAGUUUCUCUUGGUAUGGCUCAUUUUUCUAUAGAAUCCCCACCAUAGUACUAGUGCCAUAUGAAAGGGAAAGAGACCAACCAGCAGAAAGGUAUUGGGGAAUUGUUUUUCGGUAGAUUGUUGAAUAUUGCAUAGAGUUUAUUUGAACUGUCAUGAAUGGACGUUUUCGAUAACUGGUUUUCCUUCUUUCCUUUUCCUAUGUUGUAGAUUUGCCCUAUAAGAAUAAGACUACUUUGUAAAUCAGAAAAUUUUCCCCCUUUUCGGUCAAGGUUGUGUCUCUGUCUGGAAUGCAGUCUUAGAAUAAUCCUUUAAAUCAAAUUGUUCAUGUUGGGGAAUUGUGAUGGUCAUAUAAAUUUUUGAGUUUGUUGGUAGUUAUCAAUUAGUACUUAAUGUUACUUGGAUGUUCUUGAUUUAUAUCAUAUGUGAGGGUAUAAACAAUCUGAGAUAUUGCAGCAUAAAAUAUAAAAUUCUGUUUUUUUUUUUUCAGAAAGGAAUAAUAUUAGUGUUCAUACCACAAACUUAUGCAUUCUUCGUGAUGGCUUGGAACUGUUAUUGGAAAGAACAAAUUCUAGCGAGUCCACAAACCAUUGUAAGGAGGCAAGUUUAGCGACAGUCGAAGAAAGCAGUGACCGGUGAUGGCCCUGCAAAUCUGAUCACUGAUUCUUGCCCCCUAAGAGCAAUGGGUGAUUUUUUGUUCUUCUGUAGACCAUUUUAUGAUUAAUUAGUUGCCUUUCACUUGUGUUAACACCAAAAUUGACAUGAGUUUUUUUAAAAUUAUAUUCCUGUGUGGACAGCAGCUUAUGCUUUUGGUAAAUGGAACUUAGUUGUCACUAUUUCUUACCACUCCUGCUAAUGAUGUGCCUCAACAUCACCUGCAGGAACUUGUCGGAGUCUGUACUCAUAUAUGCUUGACGACCGCAUGACCAUAUGCAUGCUUGAUGAUGUAAUGACCAUGUGUUCGCUUAUGCGUGUUGGUAUUCAUUAUGCUUAUCAUCAACAGGUUGCAGCAGGUCACACCGCGGCGAGGCCAGAAAGGAAAGCGAGGUUGGCAAUCGGUCGUUCCUUCAUGUUGUUUCGUCCGUUUAAUCUGUCAUCGCGCUUCAUCGUGGCGUCUCCUCGCUACUUGUACGCCUUUGAAUGUACCUACGUCUUUGGGCCGCGACGUGAACCGGAAGCCUCCCGUUUUAGGCGGUCGGCUUCGGCAGCCAUCGAACGCCGCCGGAAUCUAAACUCCGGCGGCUCCCCAUGGCGGCGGCACCGUCCGAUGGCCAGAACUCCAAGGGGAACAUGUGGGUCCUGGAUCGGAAGCUGGAUCAGCCCAUGGAGGAAGAGGCCGGUCGACUCCGCGACAUGCACCGAGAAAAGAGGUUGACGUCGGCGGCGAUCCUGCGGCUCGCGUUCCAGAGCCUGGGCGUCGUUUUCGGAGACCUGGGAACCUCUCCUCUCUAUGUCUUCUGCAACGCCUUCCCUCGGGGGGUGGACGAUCCGGAGGACGUGGUGGGAGCUCUUUCUUUGAUCAUAUACUCCCUAACGCUCGUCGUGCUCCUCAAGUAUGUUCUUGUGGUGUUGAGGGCAAAUGACAAUGGUCGGGGUGGAACAUUUGCACUUUAUUCGCUACUUUGCAGGCAUGCGAAAAUUAAAACUAUUCCAGACCAACAUCGGACAGAUGAAGAACUAACAACCUAUAGUUGCCAGACAUAUGAGGAUAACUCACUAGCAGCAAAGGUCAGGUGGUGGUUGGAAGCACAUGCAUACAAGAAGAACACUAUCCUUGUUCUUGUUAUUAUUGGUACUUGUAUGGUUAUUGGUGAUGGAAUUCUCACUCCUGCUAUAUCAGUUUUAUCAGCAGCAAGUGGAAUCAAGGUGAAUCACCCCGAGAGAAGUAAUGAUGCAAUAAUAAUUGUAGCCGUCAUCAUAUUGAUUGGUCUAUUUAGCAUGCAACACUAUGGUACAGAUAGAGUUGGAUGGCUUUUUGCUCCCAUUGUCCUCCUAUGGUUUGUUAUGAUUGGAGUUAUUGGUGCUAUGAAUAUAUGGAAGUACGAUCAUUCAGUUCUACGGGCUUUUUCUCCAGUUUGUGUAUAUUGGUACUUAAGACGGGGACACAAUAUUUGGACUUCCUUGGGUGGAAUAAUACUAAGUAUCACAGGAACAGAAGCAUUAUUUGCUGAUGUAUGUCUUUUUCCUGUGCUUGCUGUUCAGCUUGCUUUCACUCUAGUUGUGUUUCCCUGCCUUCUAUUGGCGUACGCUGGACAAGCAGCAUAUAUUACGAAGAAUAAACAUCAUGUAGCAGAUGCAUUUUAUCUUUCUAUUCCUGAUGUCAUAUACUGGCCAGUGUUCAUUGUCGCAGCUGCAGCAGCUGUAAUUGGUAGCCAAGCCACUAUCUCCGCUACCUUCUCAAUUAUCAAGCAAGCACAAGCACUUAGGUGCUUUCCUAGAGUCAAGAUUAUUCAUACAUCAAAAAAAAAUCUAAAUCAGAUAUACAUUCCAGAUAUCAAUUGGGUUCUUUUGAUUCUUUGUAUAGCUGUUACUGCUGGAUUCGGAAAUAAAAGUCAGAUUGGAAAUGCCUAUGGAACUGCUGUUGUGAUAGAUAUGUUGGUAACAACACUCCUCAUGAUCCCAAUUAUGCUGUUGGUAUGGCGGAGCCAUUGGACCCUUGUCACUGCCUUUGCCAGUCUGUCAUUGCUUGUAGAGCUCACAUAUCUCUCAGCUGUACUACUGAAGGUCGAUCAAGGUGGUUGGGUCCCUCUUGUGGUUGCAGCAGCAUUUCUCCUAACAAUGUAUGUAUGGCACUAUGGUACCAAGAAACGAUAUGAGUUCGAGAUGCAUAGCAAGGUCUCUGUGGCAUGGAUUCUAGGACUGGGUCCCAGCUUAGGCCUUGUCCGUGUUCCUGGAAUAGGCCUCAUAUAUACAGAAUUGGCCAGUGGCGUUCCCCGUAUCUUCUCUCACUUCAUUACCAACCUCCCAGCCAUCCACUCUGUUGUGGUCUUUGUUUGUGUGAAGUACCUUCCGGUGUACUCUGUUCCUUCAGAGGAACGGUUCCUAGUCAAAAGGAUCGGACCAAAGGAUUACCACAUAUUCCGCUGUGUUGUGAGAUAUGGGUAUAAAGACCUUCACAGGAAGGAUGAUUUUGAGAAGAUGUUGUUUGAAAGCCUUACUUUAUUUGUUCAUAUGGAGGCCGUGGAUGAAUAUUAUUCCGAUUCCACUAAUGUGGUUACUACAACGAAUGGCAGCACAUCAUCUUCUGCAGUGGAUUUGACACAUUCAUCAUCUGUUGAUUCAAGUGUGCCUGUACAAUCAUACCAGAGUGACUGUCAGGUCAGGUCAUUUGGACGAAAUGCGGAUCUGACCGUGCAUGAAGAGUUGGAAUUUCUGAACAAGUGUCGGGAUGCUGGAGUCGUGCACUUUCUUGGGAACACAAUAAUAAGGGCUCAAAGGGAUUCACAUUUUCUCAAGAAAAUUGCUGUCAAUUACAUAUAUUCGUUCCUCAGGAGGAUUUGCAGGGAGAAGAGUGUCAUCUUUAAGGUUCCCCAUGAGAGUCUGCUGAAUGUUGGGCAGGUACUCUACGUAUAGAUUCUCUGAUCUAGUAAUAUGCAUUGGUUGGCAUGCACAAGAGCAAGUGUUUAAAUCUACCUUCGUUGUUUUCGGUAUGGCAAUUGUGUGAAUCACACUGUAACCAACACAGAGUUGCAAUAAAUACCAUGAGCAUGAGCAAGAAAAAUGCUGUGAUGAGAAAUCCAGUAGAAAAAUCAUUUUCCUGAGAUUUCCAUGAGGUCAGCUUUGAGGAAUUUCUUUGAUCAUAUUAUUGUGACUGCCUUUCCGAAUGAAUUUAUGUGUGGCAUCCUAACUGAUAUGGCUGCAUAUUUGAUUGAACAGAAGGGAUGUCUUGAAAUGUUAAGGAUGUUCAUUAUCUAAUUGUCCAUGAUAUAUCACGUGAUGUAUGCCAGUCAUGUUGGCUGCCAAGAUUGAAUUGAGUUGAUGUUCGCCACUCUUUUCCCUGAGUUUUUCUUCUUGAUAAUUCUGAUCAAACUUUACGGUCGACGAGUUUGUUAUUGUGACUCGGUUUUCUAUGUGAAACAACUAUUUUUUUUC